CUCAACAAAAAAAAAAAAUUUAUAUUACGUAUAGCAAUAAAAAACACUUUAUAAAGUCUUUUGUGGCAGCUAGAACAACUGAAGCUAAGGUAGUAAGGCUCCUGUCUUUGUUCCCCAAAGAAAAUAAAAGAAGAGAGAGAUGUUGAAGCUUUCUUCCUGCAAUGUGACGGACCAAAGACAGGCCUUGGCCCAAUGCAGAUUCCUCGCUCCGCCUGCUCCGUUCUCCUUUCGCUGGCGUACCCCAGUCGUCGUCUCCUGCUCUCCUUCCAGCAGACCUAACCUGUCGCCUCUUCAAGUUGUCCUGUCUGGCCAGCAGCAAGCUGGGAUGGAGCUGGUCGAAUCCGGGUCGGGGAGUUUGGCUGACCGGCUCCGGUUGGGUAGCUUGACGGAAGAUGGUUUGUCCUAUAAGGAGAAGUUUAUUGUGAGGUGUUAUGAGGUGGGAAUUAACAAAACUGCCACUGUUGAAACCAUUGCCAAUCUCUUGCAGGAGGUUGGAUGUAACCAUGCUCAAAGUGUUGGAUAUUCCACAGAUGGGUUUGCUACCACUCGCACCAUGAGAAAAUUGCAUCUCAUUUGGGUAACUGCACGCAUGCACAUUGAAAUAUACAAAUACCCUGCUUGGAGUGAUGUGAUUGAAAUAGAGACAUGGUGCCAAAGUGAGGGAAGAAUUGGAACCAGAAGGGACUGGAUUCUUAAGGACUUUGGAACUGGUGAAGUUAUUGGAAGAGCUACUAGCAAGUGGGUGAUGAUGAACCAGGACACUAGGCGGCUACAGAAAGUCAGUGAUGAUGUCAGGGAAGAAUAUUUAGUCUUCUGUCCACGAGAACUCAGAUUAGCAUUUCCAGAGGAGAACAAUAAUAGUUUGAAGAAAAUUGCCAAAUUAGAUGACUCUUUUCAGUAUUCCAGGCUAGGGCUUAUGCCAAGAAGAGCUGAUCUGGACAUGAACCAGCAUGUCAAUAAUGUCACCUACAUUGGAUGGGUUCUGGAGAGCAUGCCUCAAGAGAUCAUUGACACCCAUGAACUGCAAACUAUCACGUUAGAUUACAGACGGGAAUGCCAACAGGAUGACGUGGUGGAUUCACUUACCAGUCCAGAACAAGUGGAGGGUACCGAAAAAGUUUCAGCGAUUCACGGAACAAAUGGGUCUGCAGCUGCAAGAGAAGAUAAGCAGGACUGCCGUCAGUUUUUGCAUCUGUUGAGAUUGUCUAGUGAUGGACAGGAAAUAAAUCGAGGCCGUACUGAGUGGAGAAAGAAACCUGCGAGAUGAGUCAAUAAUUUAGUUUACUGUAGCUUUUCUUGCUUUCAUCAAUUUUCGGGUUACCUUUCUGUUACUUUUGGUGUUUUUUAAUUUGCUUCAAAUUCAGUCCUGAUAUGGUCUGUAUUGUGGGGUGGAGCUCAAAAUCAUUGAUUAGACAUAGCAAAAGAAAGAUUUGGUUGAGAAUGAUCUUUGAUUCACCCGCAUCAAAUCAGAGUCUAUUGUACUUGAACAUUUUUCUUUUGUUGUUUCCCUGUUAAGUGUUCAUGAAUAUGUACCUACCAGUAUUUGAAAUUCUGUUGUGAAUCCCUCCUUGUACCAGUUUUAAGUCGUAAAUUUCCAGUAGGUUUGCAAUUGAUGCCCUAAUUGAUGCAGGAAGAA